CAACCACAAACCUGCUAACACAUGACCACUAUAAACAGGAAGUAAUUGUUUCAUUGUUGUGGGUUCGUCUUAUAACUCAGGAUUAUCGACGCGAAAAUAUGCAUAAAUAUGUAAUAUAACUUCUUUUCUUCAUUAUAAAAAAAACGAGGGGAAUGGCAACGAUUAAACUGAGGUUGCUAUGGUGAUAGGUGGCUGUUUUUCACAAUCACUAUCAGUCAGAUCCCAGUCAUUAUGUAUCCCAGCGCCUCAUUGGCUUGCAGUGAGGACCAGUCCCCAACAGACGACAAUAUGGACGACUGGCAGUUCCUCUUCUCUGAGUCUGUUGAAUCUGUGGACGUAGACAUGAGCAGGAAAGCACAGGAUGCGGAGGACCAAAGCAAAUUCAAAUCUAAGUUGGUUUCAGUGUGGAACAGUGUAAAAUAUGGCUGGACCUUGAAACAGAAAUCACACUUCAAUCAGACCUCCCCUGUGUUUAUGCUUGGAAACUCCUAUAAACUCAGUAAUCUAGAGGAAAAAGAGUCUUUCAGACGCUCCUUUGCAUCUCUCUUGUGGUUGACGUACAGACGUGGUUUCCCUCGGCUCGGAAGCUUUUCUCUAACCACCGACAGUGGCUGGGGUUGUGUUCUGCGCACAGGACAAAUGCUGCUAGCAAAAGGCCUGCUCCUACACCUCAUGCCACCAGGCUGGACUUGGUCCAGGACAUACCAAGCAGUCAAAGAUGACAUGGACCUACCAACGACUUGCUCAGCAGUAGAUGCAGACACCGGAUGGAAUCUAGAGGAGAGGCCUAAAAAUAUGGGUCGAAAACUGAGUUUAGGCUCCAUCAUGGACAGACCCAUAGAUGCCAGACACAGAAGUAUGGUAUCAUGGUUUGCAGACUGUCCUGCAGCCCCUUUUGGGAUCCAUAAACUGGUGGAGUUUGGUAAAAGCUCAGGGAAGAAGGCUGGGGACUGGUAUGGUCCGUCCAUUGUGGCCCAUAUUCUCCGGAAAGCUGUGGCAGAAUCAACAGACAUUCCCAACUUGACAGUAUAUGUUGCACAAGAUUGCACAAUCUUCAAAGAUGAUGUUAAGAAGUUGUGUGAGCGACCUCACUCUGCUAACUCUGGUGCAGCGAGCCAGUCUUGGAUGUCUGUCAUCAUUCUGGUUCCUGUACGACUCGGUGGAGAGGCUUUCAAUCCUGCCUACAUCACAUCUGUCAAAGGACUCUUGAAGCUCCCAUGCUGCAUUGGAAUCAUUGGAGGCAAACCGAAGCACUCGCUGUUCUUUGUUGGCUUCCAAGAUGACCAUCUGUUGUACUUGGAUCCUCACUACUGUCAGCCCACAGUGGACACAAAACGAGAUCACUUUCCUUUGCAGUCGUUUCAUUGUAAGCAUCCCAGGAAAAUGGCGCUCUCUCGCAUGGACCCCAGCUGCACCAUCGGAUUCUAUGCUAAAGACCAGAAGGACUUUGAGAAGUUGUGUGCAGAUGUUAAUGAGGUUGUGUCUACAUCUGCAGAUGUAUAUCCCAUUUUUAUAUUUGCAGAAGGACAUGGUCGGUAUGAGGAGGAAACACUACCCACAAACAACAUCACUUACAUCCAGAGGAAGAAUGAGAAGAGGAAAACCAAGCCUAGGAAUAGUUUUGAUGAAUUUGUUAUGUUAUGAAGUAUGUGUGUGUAUGUCGGGUGGGGCACCGGAGAUCUACUCUGAGGGGAAAAAUAGUGAUCACCAAUAACACAAAUGUGAGUUGUGUAUUUUUGUUUUUGUGUGGAAACUUAAGUGCAAAAGAACAAUCUCCUCACCGUGCAAAAGCAAUAACAUGAACGGAUGUGUGAAGCUCUUGUUAAAUGAAGCGGUCAGGUAUCAAUAAGCUGAGCACACAGCUCGCGCCUUUAUUGCUGUUGUGUGCUCUUUGUAUUUUUAUUUAUAAUUUUAUUGGUCAUAAAACUGUUUAGCAAAUCACGCUGUCGUUGCAUAUUUCAUUUAAGUUAAUAAAAAUGUAUUAGUUUUUUUUUCUUGGUGACCAACAUUCAGGCUGCUGUUGUGCUAUAUGAUCAUGUGUCUCUCUCCAUCAUGUGACAGGAUUUCUGACGGGAUCUUUAAAAACUGGGUCUCUUUAAACAUGUGACUCACAAAUGGAAAACACUGAAAGAAAAUAGGUUUACUGAAAGAGUGGAUAAAAGAUGUGACUAGAUGUGCAGAUGAAGGAAAGAAAUCAAUGAAAGUCAUGUUUUCUGCAAAUCUUAAUAAAUUAUGUAAUUCUG